CCUCUGCCUCGAUGACUGCCUGUCAGUCAGGAGCCUCUUAGUGAUCCUGGAUCAGUGCUCGGACCGACAGAGGGAGAGUCUGACAGCAGCGACGGACAUGAGCUUCAGCGUCGAGGAGAGGGGCAGGCCCAACACGCAGGACUACAGGGUGUUUUUCAAAAACUCUGCAGGCAAGUACGUCUCCCCUUUCCACGACAUCCCCGUCUACGCAAAUGAAGCAGAGAAUAUCUUUCACGCCGUUGUGGAGGUUCCAAGAUGGACAAAUGCAAAGAUGGAGAUCGCCACCAAAGAUCCUCUCAACCCGCUGAAACAAGACCUGAAGAAGGGGAAUCUCCGUUACGUAGCGAACGUGUUUCCUCACAAAGGCUACAUCUGGAAUUAUGGAGCUAUUCCACAGACAUGGGAGGACCCCCACCACAAGGACAGCGACACAGGAUGCUGCGGCGACAAUGAUCCUAUUGAUAUAUGUGAUAUUGGAAAUAAGGUGUGCUCUCGAGGAGAAAUAAUCAAAGUGAAGGUGUUGGGAACUCUGGCUCUGAUCGAUGAGGGGGAAACAGACUGGAAGGUCAUUGUGAUCAAUACAGAAGACCCUGAAGCUGCCGACUUUAAUGAUAUUGAUGAUGUCAGACGACUUAAGCCUGGAUACCUGGAGGCGACUUUUGAUUGGUUCAAACGGUAUAAAGUCCCGGAUGGGAAGCCUGAAAACCAGUUUGCUUUCAACGGAGAGUUCAAGGACAGGGACUUUGCCAUUAAAACAAUCAAGAGCACCCACGAGUUCUGGAAGGCACUGAUUUCUAAGAAGACUGACGCUGGGGAGUUAAACUGUAUGAACACCAGUGUGUCAGACAGUCCGUUCUGCUGCUCAGCCGGGGAUGCAGAGACUGUUGUCAAGUCUGCCAGUGCUUUUGGAGCUGAAGAACCUAUUCCGAGUUCAGUUGACAAAUGGUUCUAUUAUGAAAAGUAAGGAGGGAAUCCCAGGGCAGAAACCUUCACUCCUCCCAGCACUUCUGUCUUUCUUCACCUGAUUUAGGUCACAUUUCUUUUGCUUCUAUUAUAGGUUGCUGAUAUUUAGUCCUAUGGUUCCUCAUGUAGAGUCAUUUCAUUCAUCUUCUGAUCUUUACAUUUGCCUAAUGCUGUGUGAUUUUAAAUUGUUGUUGUUUCUGCAAUCACUUUGUUGAAGCUAAUGUGGUUUCAAAUAAAGAAUGAAGCCUGCUUCUUUUAUUUUCACUUCUUCUUGGAUGUCUGAUGCUGUUGUUGUCAAAACUGCCCGCCAGUAAUUUCAAGCUUGACAGAACAUUAUAAUAAACCACCGUAAAGCCCGA